AUGGGGACAUUUAUUCGGAUAGCUGUCUUGGCCGCAAUGGCCUUUGCGGGUGAGUCGUAUUUCAUAAUGGUUAGAGGUUACAGAUUUUAAAUUUUUUCAAAUCAAAAUUGAUAAGUUAAGGUUAGCGUUAGCGUUACAAAAUGAAUUUUUCAGUCAAUCAAAUUGUCAUGAUGACGUUCUUUAUUCAAAUCGAAAAAAACAAUUUCUGGGCAAUUUUUUUCACUAGGAAAAAUUUGAUUAUUAUUCAGUAGACUGCAAACUACAAAGUUUAUAUUAUUGAUUUCCAGCUGUAAUGUCAGCGGAUCCAGAUUACGAAGAAAUGACGGGUAAGUAGAUCAUGUAUAGGAUGGGAAAUGCGUAUGUUACAGUAACCUUCACCGAGGAAGGAACGACGCCAAUGUACACGGCCGCUUUCUUUUCUACUGAAGGUGGGUCAUCAGAUCUUGUGAAUUCUCUAGCACUCUUUUAUUGUCUCUCAUUCCAAAUGGAAUCCAUUUUAGGCAGUGCAGAAACCUCGGAGCCAACCACAACAGAAGAAAGCACCACCACAACGACUACAGCAGCGACCACAACUACAACAACGGAGUUUUUGGUGCAAUUUAAUGUGUCGUUGAACACAAUAACUGCGUCGUUGAAUCCAAUAACUGCGUCGUUAAACCCAAUAACUGUGUCGUUGAACCCAAUCAAUGUGUCGUUGAACCCAAUAACUGCGCCGAUUAACCCAAUCACUGUGUCGUUAAACCCAAUAACACUGAAAUCAAUACCGACCACAAAAGCAGUUAACAACGGUAUAACAGUACCGGUUCCAUUCUUAUAAUCGUAUUAAAUUAAUUCCAGGGACAACAGAAUCAACAACUGAAAUGUACACGGCAGCUUUCUUCUCCACUGAAGGUAAUUCAUCCAUAUCUCUUCGUAUUGUCUUCAUCAUCUUUCCAAUAACUAUCAUUUGUCAUCUUCAGGCAGCGCGGAAUCCGGCUCCGGUUCAGGAUCGGGCUCUGGCUCCGGCUCGGGAUCAGGUUCGGGGUCGAGUUCAACUGAGGAAAGCACAACGGUAACAACCACAACAACAAAAACGUCGGCAGGGACCACAGGUACGUCUUUUUACACUCACUGAUCAUCAACGUUGUCAUCUUCAGGGACAAAAGAAUCAACGACAGAAAUGUAUACGGCCGCCUUCUUCUCCACCGAAGGUACCUCAAAGUUACUUUUUAAUUACAUCCUAUGUUUCAUAAAAUCUUCGGUUUCCAAAAGUUUAGGUUACUAUAAUACGUAUACGGUUUCCUAACAAGCUUUUGAUGAGACCAUUCUUUAAUUUUCAGGCAGUGCAGAAUCGGGUUCAGGCUCCGGUUCUGGCUCAGGGUCGGGCUCAGGUUCUGGGUCAGGCUCAGGCGAAUCCAGUACGACCGAAGAAAGCACGACGUCAGCAGGAACGAAAGGUAUCUAAUCCAUCGCAUUUAGUGAUUAACUGUAUUUCAGGAACAACUGAAUCGACAACCGAGAUGUAUACUGCUGCCUUCUUUUCAACCGAAGGUAAGGGAUUUUCCGCCCGACGAUACUCAUUUUUUAUUCGUCGUAUAUAGAACUCAUUUACAGUUUGAGAUCGGAUUUUCGUGUAACCAAAACGAUCGUUUCUUUUUAGGCAGUGCAGAAUCUGGUUCAGCCUCCGGAUCGGGAUCUGGUUCCGGCUCUGGCGACCAAAGUGGGUCCGGCUCAGCAUCUGGUUCAGGGUCUGGCGCGGGAUCCGGCUCUGGAUCAGGGUCUGGAGCUGAGAGUGGCUCUGGUUCUGGCUCUGCGUCAGGAUCUGGGGAUGAAUCCGGGUCAGGCUCCGCUUCCGGCUCUGGCGAAGAAAGUGGCUCUGGUUCCGGCUCUGCGUCAGGAAAUGGCUCCGGCGAAGAAAGUGGCUCCGGUUCGGGAUCUGCUUCAGGCUCAGCGUCAGGGUCUGGGGAUGAAUCCGGGUCAGGCUCCGCUUCCGGCUCUGGCGAAGAAAGUGGCUCUGGUUCCGGCUCAGCAUCUGGAUCAGGCGCCGCUUCCGGCUCUGGUGAAGAAAGUGGCUCAGGAUCGGCUUCAGGGUCUGGCUCCGGUGAGGAGAGCGGUUCUGGUUCGGCUUCUGGGUCGAGCUCGGGAGAUGGUUCGGGAUCUGGAUCAGGUAAGUCAUCUCCCAACUUUACCAGCCUUCUUUUUUCGUUUCCCUCCCUUUUUUUGCACAAAAUGA